AUGGAGACGAUAUGGCUUUAUCAGUUUCGCCUGAUCGUCAUCGGAGACUCCACGGUCGGCAAGUCGUGUCUGAUCCGGAGGUUCACUGAGGGCCGCUUUGCCCAGGUGUCCGACCCGACUGUGGGGGUGGACUUCUUCUCCCGGCUGGUGGAGAUCGAGCCGGGCAAGAGGAUCAAGCUGCAGAUCUGGGACACUGCAGGACAGGAGAGGUUCAGGUCUAUCACCAGAGCUUACUACCGUAACUCAGUGGGUGGGCUCUUACUCUUCGACAUCACAAACCGCCGUUCCUUCCAGAACGUCCAUAACUGGCUGGAGGAGGCCCAGAGCCACGUCCAGCCGCACAGCAUCGUCUUCCUGCUGGUCGGUCACAAGUGUGACCUGGAGGCCCAGCGUCAGGUGACCCAGCAGGAGGCAGAGAAGCUGGCAGGGGCCUUCGGGAUGCGCUACGUGGAGACCUCAGCACGAGACGCCAUCAAUGUGGAGAAGGCGUUUGUGGAUCUGACGAGGGACAUCUUUGAGCUAGUACGGAGCGGGGACAUCAAGAUCCAGGAUGGCUGGGAGGGCGUCAAGAGCGGAUUUGUUCCCAACACCGUCCAUUCCUCCGAGGAGGUCGCCAAGGGCAGCCGGCAGUGCUUGUGCUGA